UUAUACUAACUUGUAUUUACGUUUAUAUUAUAUGAGAAUGCAUUAAGUUCAUGUCUGCAUGCAAUGUAUAUACGCAAUGCGAACAGAAUUAGCUGCUGGAAACAUUGUUUUUGUUAAAUUUCAUGAUAAGUUCAUAAAAUAAUGAGUAUAUCGACCUCGACAAAUGUAAACCAUAGUGGACAUUCACAUAGUGGAGAAGCUUUCUUAAAUAUCCCAGUUGAAUCCUCAAAUUUAGAUGCAUUAGCAACAAAACGGAGAAGUUCAUCGCGUACAAUAAAACGCAGAAAAUUUGAUGAUGAAUUGGUUGAAACAACAUUUAAUCUACAACCUUCUACUACAAGCACAAAAUCAGCAUCAAGGACACGGACUUUGUCGGUAUCUGCUAGUCCACAGGAUGUCUUGCCAUCGCAAAUUCUUGCAAGUCCUAUGCAAAUGCCACCAAACGUGACACAAAAUGAUAGAUGUAACCGUAGACCUCCUAGGCCAAGUGGUUCAAAUGGAUCUGGUAGAAAAAGUAAGAAAAAUAAAAGCCAUUCACAUUCGGUGAAUGCUACAAAAGAUCUUGGCCGAUGGAAACCUACUGACGAUUUAGCUUUAAUAACCGGUGUACAACAAACAAAUGAUCUACGUAUGGUACAUCGUGGUACAAAAUUUUCAUGUCGAUUUACGCUUCAAGAAAUUCAACAAAGAUGGUAUGCUUUAUUAUAUGAUAGUGCAGUUUCUCGUGUAGCUGUUCAAGCUAUGAGGAAUUUACAUCCUGAAUUAAUAGCUAGUGUGCAAGCAAGAACUUUAUAUAGUAAAGCUGAAGAAGAUCUUCUUGGUACUGUAAAAUCAACUUCUCAGCCAACACUAGAGGUUUUUCAAGAACUUCUUGAAGCAAAUGCACAUACAUUUUAUCCACAUAGAACAGCUAAGGCGUUACUUGCUCACUGGCAAGUGAUGAAACAGUAUCAUUUAUUGCCAGAUCAAACAGUUCAAAGUUUACCUAAAGGUGAACAUGUAUUAAGUUUUUCCGAUGCUGAAGAUAUGAUUGUUGAUGCAGAAUUAAUGGAACAGAAAGAUGAAGCAGUAGAUGUUGAACUUGUAACAUUGGAUAGGAAGAAUAAAAGAGAAAUUAGAAUGCUAGAGAAUGAAAUUGGAAGAUGGCAUGUUCUUGUUGACAGUGUAACAGGUGUUAAUCCACCAGAUUUUGACAAUCAAACAUUGGCAAUACUCAGAGGUCGACUUGUCAGAUAUCUUAUGAGAUCUCGAGAGAUAACUGUGGGAAGAUCUACGAAGGACCAUAAUGUCGAUGUAGAUUUGAGUUUAGAAGGACCAGCAUGGAAAGUAUCUCGUAGACAAGGUACAAUUCGUUUACGAAAUAAUGGUGAUUUCUUUUUAUCUUCUGAAGGAAAGAGACCAAUUUUUGUGGAUAGUAGACCGAUUCUUGCUGGAAAUAAAAUAAAAUUGAACAAUAACAGUGUAAUAGAGAUAGCAGGGCUGAGAUUCAUAUUUUUAAUAAAUCAAGAACUGAUUUCUGUAAUACGCCAGGAGGCUGUUAAACUAAAUUUAAAUCCUUAAAUUACAUAUAAUGUGUGUGACCAAGAAUAUUGCAUUCAAUACUCCCACAAUUAUCUUUAACAUUGAAAUAUUCGUAUAAUGUAUUGUUUUUAGUACAAAUUUAUAAUUAUGAUUACAUUCUCUAUGUUAGAAUAAAAUAUAAGUUGUCAGUGUGCGAAAAAACUUACGUAGUAUACAAUCAGUAAAGUAACGAUAUUUCAUUUUUGACCGUUGAAUUGUAUAUUUAACAAACCGUGCCAAUGUAUGGACAAUUGUAUAUUUUUUUUGGUUUUUCAUCAUUUAUUAGAAAUACCUACAGUGUAACUUGUACAAAAGCAGUCAUAUAGCAGUCGUAGUAUAUAAUGUUAGUGCUUUUUGUAAUAAAGGGCACAAAAAGA